CACACCGAAGGAUUCAUUCAGACCUAAACAACAAUGAGCAAUCCCCCGGCAAUAACCUCCUCAAAAUCCAAAGCAGCUUCCGCACAACCCUCAGAAUCUUCUUCAUCCAAGCGCAAGAGAGGAGUUUUCCAAAGAGAAUUGCAGCACAUGAUGUAUGGCUUUGGAGACGAUCCUAAUCCACUUCCUGAAAGUGUCGCACUUAUGGAUGACAUCGUUGUAGAAUAUAUUACAGAGCUGGUAUAUAAAGCACAAGAUAUCGGAUCACAGAGGGGGAAGGUAUCAGUUGAGGAUUUCCUUUAUUUGAUUCGCAAGGAUGUUCCUGAGCUGUGGAAAUAUUGGCUUUUGGAGCUUAUGAUGGAUCUUAUGAAGCUUUUCUUGAGGUUGUUCGUGAGCGGAGGAGCAAUGUCCGUGUUGAUUUUGGGGAUCAACCAGAUUUAGUUGAACUUGCGGAAAAAUUAUCCCAGAAUU